AUGAGCUUGAAAGAAGUAUUCAAACAACAUCCAUGGAGGUCAUUUAAGAAAUUCAAUGAAGCUGCAAAGAGUUGGGGAUUUACUAACAGAGCUGAAGUGAAAAGGUUCUUUGACAAAAAUGUUGUACAUCAAACAAAAAUAAACCCUUACGACUACUUUUUACCAAUUUACUCCAACGCUCCUGACGCAUACCAAUUUGACACUCUCAUUCAAAGCAGAAAAGGAGGACAUAAACCAUUCCUCAUCUUCAUUAAUGUUAACACUCGUAAAGCAUAUGCAUAUCCAAUGAAAAAUAAAGGAACUCAUGAAGUGUUAAGAGUUUUACAAAAGUUUGUAGCAGAACAUAGCCCAAGUACUUUAACAUCAGACCAAGACAGUGCUUACCUCAGCAAUGAAAUCACAGAUUUUCUCAUUAAGCAUAACAUAACUCACUACACUACUGAAGACCAUAACCAUAACAUACUCGGCAUCAUAAACCGCUUCAUAAGAACGCUCAGAGAUUUAAACCAAGAGCGAGACUUUACCGAAGAAACAAUGAAACAUUUUCUCGAAGUAUAUAAUUCCUCAACACAUUCUACAACAGGACAUACACCAAAUUCAAUGACACAACAACAAGAAGAAAA